AUGAUCUAUCCAAAUGAUGUGAUGAAUGAAGUCCUACGAGACGAAAAUGGAUGUAAUUUAUUUAAAAACUAUUUAAAGACUAUAUAUUGUUCAGAGACAUUGCAAUUCUGGCUAGAGAUUGAAAUGUUCAAAACAAAUGCACCACCAGCCGCCAACCAGAGUCAAGGCGGGCCACUCUUGGCAUUCUCCUCUAUAGAUCCAUCACAGUUACAAUCAUCGUCGUCGAGCAGCAACAACACACCACCAGCUUCACCACCAACCAACUCGGCAUCAUCGUCGCCACCCAAGAAAGAGGGUUGCUUCAAAUCGAGUCGAUCCAACUCGCCAACACCAUCAGACCGAAAAUUCCUCUCCCAAGAGGAACUCAGAAUCCGUGCACAAUCGAUCUUUGAUCGUUAUCUAGAGAAUGGAAGUGAAUUCGAAUUGAACGUAGAUUGCAUUUCACGCGAUGCCGUUCGUCUGCGUCUCCAAGACGAGAUCGAUGCCAGUAUUUUCGACGAUGUACAAAAAACUAUAUAUGAAUCACUUUGGAUGGAUUGCUUCCCACCUUUUACUCAUACCACUGCAUAUCAUAAAUAUAAACAGGAAACUGGUAAAUGUCAUCUUCCAGAGUUCUUAAGAAUUUCAUUUAAGAGAAAAUCACAAAAGAAUGAUUUUGGUGUUAUAUCAAUGAAAGAUUUGAAUAAAUAA